CACGAACUUGAGCGACCUCUUUUUCCGGUUUAUCGUGAUAUAGUAAGCACGACACAAUGAAAGCUAAGGGUGAAUUGAAGGAGUUCGAAGUGAUCGGUCGCAAAUUGCCGACUGAAAAAGAGAAAACCACACCUUUGUAUAAAAUGAGAAUAUUUGCUCCUGAUGCUAUUGUUGCGAAGUCUAGAUUUUGGUAUUUCCUUCGUCAACUCAAAAAGUUCAAGAAGUCUACUGGAGAAAUUGUGUCUCUUAAAAAGAUUUCAGAGAAGACGCCUAUGAAAAUCAAGAAUUUUGGAAUCUGGUUAAGAUAUGACUCAAGAUCUGGAACUCACAAUAUGUACAGAGAAUAUAGAGAUCUUUCUGUCAGUGGUGCUGUAACACAAUGUUACAGAGAUAUGGGAGCACGUCAUCGAGCUCGUGCACAUUCAAUCCAAAUCAUUAAAGUAGAAGUGGUAAAAGCUGCCAACUGCAGGAGACCACAAGUUAAACAAUUUCAUGAUUCUAAAAUCAGGUUUCCACUACCAAAACGUAUUCACCACAGGAAUCGUAUGCCACUCUUCAGUGUUAGAAAACCACGUACCUAUUUCCUAUAAAUAUUUUCAUCUGAAUGUUUUACACAUUAACAAUAAAUAUAUAUUGUUCUAAGGGAAA